AUGACGACGGACGUGCUCAAGGAAAAGCCGCCGAGCGAAGGACACUCCACCGAAGACAAGAGCUGGCCUCAAUUGGAAAUAGCAUACUCAAUUCAAGAUGGCCAGAUGCAAGAAGUUCUCCAAGACGCCCACAUCCAACGCAAAAACCUCGGUCCCCUAACAAUGGUCGCCGUAGGCUUCAACAUCUGCAACAGCUGGGUCGCCAUCGCUUCUAGUCUCGCCAUUGCAGUCUCAGCCGGAGGACCAGUCAAUAUCAUCUACGGCACAUUUUUCGCUUUGUUCUUCUACGCUUGUGUGGCAGUGUCUUUGGCUGAACUGGCUUCGGUUUAUCCUACUGCUGGUGGUCAGUAUCAUUUUGCGUCCAUUGUAGCGCCAAAGAAGUGGGCAAGAGGGAUGUCGUAUGUUUGCGGGAUUGUGGCCACGGCUUCGUGGGUGGCGCUGACUGCUUCCGCGACGUUACUGGGGGCGCAGAUGAUUUUGGCGUUGCCGGCGUUUUAUGUUGAGGGGUUUGCCCCGGAGGGGUGGCAUUAUUUUUUGGUCUAUCAAGCCAUCAACUUCAUACUGCUUCUUUACAACAUGUUCGUUAUGCGGUUCACACCACGGGUUCAUGAUAUCGGAUUCUACCUCACUCUGUCCGCCUUCGUCGCAGUCUCCAUUGCCGUGCUCGCUGUCUCGGACAAGCAAAGCUCUGAAUAUGUAUGGGCAACAUUUGAGAACAACACCGGCUGGCCUUCUGCUAUCGCCUUCCUCACCGGCUUAUCUACGCCGUGCUUCAUGUAUGCUGGCAUUGAUGCCACGCUGCAUUUGGCUGAGACGUGCACCAACCCACGGAGUGCCGUGCCUCGCGCGCUGAUGGUCACGGUUACCAUUGGCUUUAUAACGGGAUUCGUGUUCUCUGUGGCAAUGUGUUACGGUAUCAGUGAUCUGGAAGACUUGGUCAAUACUACAAUGCCAAUCUACACACUCUGGCGACAAGCCCUCCGCUCAUCCGCCGCAGCGGCAAUCUUCCUCGUCGCCUUGAUUCUGAUCCUCUUCUUCGUUGUCACCGCCAUGCAACAAACCACAUCCCGGCUCGUCCAUGCCUUCGGUCGCGACAACGGUCUACUAUUCUCCUCCCACCUCGGACAAAUUUCACCCUCACUCCAAGUCCCCAUCUACGCCCUCCUUUGCAACGCGGUCUGUGUCUUCGCCGCAGGAUGCAUCUACUUGGGCUCACCUACAGCUUUCACGUCGCUGAUAAACACGAGUAUUAUCCUGCAAAUGCUAUCAUUUGGGAUACCUUGUGCUUUGCUAAUGUGGAGAGGAAGGAGUGAAGAGGUCUUGCCGAGGAAGAGACAAUUCUGGGUUCCUGGAGUGGUGGGUUGGAUUGCGAAUGCGGGGACUGUAUUAGGGGCGGUGUUUGAAUUGGUAUUCUUCUGUUUUCCUGGUGCGGUGCCGGUCACGGGGACGACGAUGAAUUAUGCGGCAGUUGUGCUUGCAGUUAUUGCAGUCAUCGCUACUGUGAACUGGUUUGCACAUGCGAGGAAGCAUUACAACGGGCCAAGAAUUGUGAUGGAUUAG